UGUGAUGUGAUCGCUAUCAAGUUGUGGGGGGUUUUUUUGUAUUCUUUCCAUUAGCGAGCUUGCAAAACGUCAUAAAAUUAAAGCCAUGGUGCAAAGAGCUGACUGGUCGCCCAGCAAGCGAUGUAAAAUAGUAUUAUUAAGCGAACAAGGCUACAGCUACAAAGAAAUUAGUAGAAAAAUGGGUGGGAACAUAACCAAAGGUGGCAUUUCUAAGUUUUUGAAGAGGUAUAAGAAGACUCAGUCACUACAAAACCACACUGGCAAAGGCAGGAAAAGGUGCACAACAGCAAAGGACGAUAGAAGAAUUAAGAGGCUGUGCCUACGAGACAGAGGAAAAUCAUCGGGGUGUAUACAGGAUGAAAUGGCGCAAUGCAGUGUGAAGCUGAGUGCAAGGACUGUUCGGCGCAGGCUGCAGGAAUUUGGCCUAAAAUCUAGAAUUCCACGAAAAAAGCCACCUAUAUCUGUCAAACCAAGCUUGAAAGGAGUAAACUGGGCUAAAACCCAUGUUACUGCUCGGAUCAAGAAGAUCAUGCAGACGGAUGAAGAAAUUGGCAAAGUGGCCGCUGCAGUCCCAGUGAUCAUUUCGCGGGCGCUAGAGCUGUUCCUGGAGUCGCUGCUGAAGACCGCCUGUCACGUCACCCAGUCCAGGAACGCCAAAACGAUGACAACGUCUCACCUGAAACAAUGCAUAGAACAGGAGCAGCAGUUUGACUUCCUGAAGGAUCUCGUGGCUUCCGUCCCCGACAUGCAAGGCGACGCCGAGGACAACCACCUGGAAGGGGAGAAGGUUUCUCGCAGGGGACGGAAAGCUGGCAGUGGACGAAGGAACGGCGGCACAGCGGGCAAAGGAAAAGAUGCCAAGCAAUCUGGCACAGACUCAGAGCAGGAUGACGAUUCAGAAGACAGCGAAAGCAACGGAGAAGAGGAAGCUAUGCAGACGAUCCCCUCUACACAACCGGCUACACAUCUCUCUUCACCCCCUGCACCCUAUCUACAUUUUACACCCCCUCCCGUAUCCGCUGUCCCCUUGCCCGUACCGGCUCCAACAGGAACAGUCCCAAUUGCACUUCUGCCCGCAUCCCUGGCGCCGGUGCAGGCAGGUGAAGAGGAAGACUAUGACUCUUAACACCCAGUUCCGUUUUCACUGCUGCCAUUCGGGGUGGGAGGGGGGU